AAUUGUGGUACUGAAAUGGCGCGAUGCUCGUGAUGUACGGAUUCUGUCAACAAAACACAGUCCAAGAAUGGUAGAAGAAGCUCAAGAUAAUGGCGAACAAGCAUUAGCUUCUGACCUUGACCAACCAUCAACCAGUAACACCUCUGGCUCAAAACGUCGCUUGGCGAAGAAGAAUAAGAAAAAGCCAAUAGCCAUACUUGCUUACAACAAAGGAAAAGCAGGGAUUGAUUUAUCAGACCAGAACUGUUCUUAUGCUACUACUUUGAGGAAGGGCGUGAAGUGGUACCGCAAACUGGGUAUAGAACAUCUGCUUGGACUAUCAGUAGUAAAUGCUUUUGUAGUGUACAAGAAAGCUACGAAAAAAAAUAAUGCACAAAUACGAUGGUUUAGAGAACAAAUUACUUCAUCACUUCUAAAUUUGCAGAAGCCAGAAAAACAUAUGAAGCCAAAAUCAGGCAAUAUUCAUAUUUUAAAAAUAAAACUAAGUGCAAGUAAUACAAAAUUACGUCGAACAUGUACUUUAUGUUAUUCCAGAAUAAAACAAAUGGAAGGAAGGGAGUUCGCCAGAAAGAAGGCUAAAAGAGUAUACACGUAUUGCCCGGAUUGUCCCCAAGAGCCAUUCAUGUGUUUAGAAUGUUUUGGGAAUCACCACAAACAAGUUUAAUGGGUUCAUUUGUAUAACUACUUUGUAAAAAUAAUAUGUAAAAAAUUUUUUGUUACUGCAAUAAAAUGAAUUUAAUUU